AUGCCAUCUCAACGAACAUCAAGUAACAGAAAGUCUAGAAAGAAGGCACUGUACGAGGAUGAUGCCAAUGCAGCAGAUGCUGUCACAUACAGAAAUCAAACCAGAACCACUCGAGCAGGAAAGGUGGUUUCAGAACUGGUCAAGGUCUCUUUGAGUACUGCAAGUCAACCCCAUAAAAAGAUUCCAGUGGAUCCGGGAGAACAGGAGCAGAACACAUUUAACGGGGAUGGUGGCUUUAGUGAGGAUGAAAACCAGCCAUCCACAAGUCACCAGAAUGACAAUGCAGUCCCAAAAAUACGGAAGACACAGCGAGACUAUAUCAAUGAAUUUGUGUCUCGUGUGGAUAGCUUACUGGGAGCAUUAUUAACCCGUGAAGCACCCAACAUUUCUGAGGACUCUGAACAUCCUAUUUGUUCUAAUUGUGAUAACUCAAUUGCGGUUAAUUACCUUGAAGGUAUUGAAGAAACCAAGGACGAGGAGGAACAAAAUCAAUUACAACAAUUGAAUUGGAAACAAGCGCCCGUCGGACCAUUGACAGAUCACACGGACAACAUUGACAUUCAGAUGGAUACUCUUGAGGAUAACCCAGAGAAUUUGGAUCCGGAUGGCCCUACAGAUGAGGAGUUUGAGGAAUACUUGGAUAGGUAUUGA